UCCACAUAAUAAUUCUUGUUGGGACUGAGCCGUGACGCCUCCCCCCAGUCCGGCCGAGCCGCCCGUGUGCUGCAGUGGUCGCCGAGGUCUGCCGAGGACGGUGGCGGCGGCAGCAGCAGCAGCACCAGCAGCUGUCCCUGUCCCUGCCGCCCGCUGAGUUCUCCUGCCCAUCCUACGGGAGCGGAGGACAGCGAGUCUCGCAGCCUGCAGGUGUCUCCCGGCGGAGGAGGCUGCGGAGCCCCUUGGGAUCAUGUGUGGUACCCGAGCAGAUGUUCACUUGCUCCUGGUGCUCUGUGCGAGGCAGACCCUCUGCGAUCCCCUCAGCGCUCUGAAGCUCCCCGGCUCCGAGAGGACGGCCACGCUCCCGCUCCUGCAGCUGCUCCUUUAACGUACAAAGGCAGGAUUUCAAGUGAAGGGAAGAAUGGGAGUCUGGCUGCAGCGUUUCCUUCACCGCUACAACAGCAGACUGGAAGAAGCUGAGAGUUUUGGUGCCUGGACAACUGGAUUCUGAAUCGUGAGAGGCUUUGAAACCCCCCCCUCUCCCAAAUAAAACAAACCCCUUUGACUUCUUCUCUCAGCAGGAGGGGGAGGGAGGGCGGAUUUACCAUGAAGACAAAUCGAAGAUGCAGAGCCCUGCUAGCAGUGAGUCUGAAUCUGAUGGCUCUCCUCUUCUCUACAACAGCUUUUAUCACGACCCACUGGUGUGAGGGCACACAGAGGGUCCCCAAGCCGAGCUGUGGGAAAGAGAAGAAGACAAACUGCCUCAACUACGGCGGGAAUGAGACUGCAAAUGAGACGAACCAGAAUGUGGUUCAUUACAGCUGGGAGACGGGAGAUGACCGCUUCCUUUUCAGGUAUUUCCACACCGGGAUCUGGUACUCCUGUGAGGAAAAUAUCAAUGCUGCUGGUGAGAAGUGUCGAAGUUUUAUUGACCUUGCCCCGGCUUCUGAAAAAGGUGUCCUGUGGUUAUCAGUAGUAUCUGAGGUGUUGUACAUCAUGCUGUUAGUCGUCGGGUUCAGCCUUAUGUGCCUCGAGCUCUUUCAUUCAAGCAGUGUGAUAGAUGGGCUCAAGUUAAAUGCCUUUGCUGCUGUCUUCACUGUGCUUUCAGGUCUGUUGGGGAUGGUGGCACACAUGAUGUACACUCAAGUUUUCCAAGUGACAGUCAGCCUUGGGCCAGAGGACUGGCGACCACAUUCAUGGGACUAUGGAUGGUCCUUCUGUCUGGCCUGGGGCUCUUUCACCUGCUGCAUGGCAGCCUCUGUCACCACCCUGAACUCCUACACUAAGACUGUCAUCGAGUUCAGGCACAAGCGCAAAAUCUUCGAGCAGGGCUUUCGAGAAGAGCAGAACUUCCUAGACCAGGAAGCCAUCAAGUACUUCAGAGAAAGGGCUGAGGAGGAGAGGGCUGAGGCUGGGGACCUGAGGUUACAGUGCCUCCAUAGCUGCUCCCCAAAUAGAAAGAUGUGUGCAGUUUCAUGCAUCUAUUUCCUUGGAAAGAAAGCAAGUGAUCCUUCAUUCAGCAGGAGGGAGACUUGGGACAGUGACUUGCUGACUCUGCGCUCUUAAAAUUUGGAAACCUCCUGGCAUUUUUUGCUGCCUCUGUCUAGCUGAGAUGCACAUCUCAGCCACGUACUCGUGGAAGCUUGGUGUCUGUAACCCUAAUCACUGAGGGUCCUGGUCCCUCCCCAGACCUGCUGGAACUGCUCUCCAGUCCCAUGUCACUGCAGGGGGUGUCCCCACAGGCAUGAUAGUGCUGGCACUGCUCUCCAGCUUGGUUUGUCAUCAGCUCACUUGGUAACUCCUGCUCCUUGAAAAUGUCAUGUCAGUUAUGGACCUUUCCACAGGCAGGAAAUCCACAUCCCUCAUUUCCACAGGCCUGAACAUGUCUAUUGGUACAAAACUGAUUCUGGGUCAUGUGUCCUGAGAAAAUUCCCCACCUGCCAAGCUACUGGCAGGUGCUCAAAUGUGCUUUUUUUAUUAUUGAAGCCUGUCCAAAGGUCCUUGUUUCAAAGAACAAAUAACAAGUCUUGACAUUAGGUGUUCCAAGGAAUAGGAACAAGGCUCUUGUUGGUCCUACACCCAGCCCUGCCCCAGUGCUUCAAUUCCAAAGGACACAGAGUUUUACCCCCACAGUGCUGAGAGCACUGGGAAAACAAACUGCAAAGGAGAAGCCCAGUGUCAGGGUAAAGAACAGUGGCCAUUCUUCAAUAUUUCAUCAGGCUCAGCUUCACAUCUGUUACCCACUGUAAUGAAAUCAGAUCAAUAUUAAUGAAGUGACAGGAGUGAAGUUCUGCUCUCAGUUCACAGUUUACUUACGAAUCCAAUAUAAGCUGCAGAAUCUUCAUUAUUCAUGCUUAUUAGGGAGGAAAAAAACAUUAAUUACUGCUGCUCUGGAUGACACAAAUCCUCACAACUCUCAGAAGAACAUCUCCUUCCUUGAACAUGUCCAUCAAUCCUGCACCUGAUCCAAGGAUUCUCCUUGAUGCUGUUUCUGGCUUCGCACACUCCCACUCUGUCACAUCAACCAUGCAACGGGCUCGUGGCCAGCAGAGAAUUGGUAAGAGCAAGAGAAGGAUGUGAGAAGCACUUGGCUAAAGGCAGAGCAGCCACAGAGGUUCCACUGGCUCCCCUGGGUGCCUGGGGUCUGCUUCGAUGGAAGGAGGGGACACCCAGAACAGGCCAAGUCCUCACCACUGCUUGGUCACAUCACCACCCACAUGCCACUAACAGAGCAAAUGCCAUCAGAUAACUCUGAGCACUCCAUGAACACUUCCCAGAGAGGUGAUCCCGAGCCAGCAGGACACCAGGAUGCACCACCUGAAGUUAUUCCUGCUGCUCACUUCACCCAGCGUUUCAUUCCCUGGAGGACUUGCCAGCUGCCCUCACUGAGAAGUGCCCUGAGGAUGCUCUGAUUCGAACCAAACGGCAGAUAAGGAGUAUUUGCUCGUGCUCAGACAUCAUGACUCUUUCUGUCCUCCCACAGAGACAAACCAGGGCAUCUGUCCUUGUUGAGAGGCAAGGGUUUGGGGGAGUGUCGCUGAGGAGUGAAAGAGUAAAACCUUAACAGAAGAGAACACGACUGAGCAACCGUAGAAGACAAAUGCCAUCACAGCCAGCUGAUUUUGGAAGAGACAAUGU